AUGUCUCGUCCGCAAAAUGCCCAACCUACCUCAUCCAUCGACCGUCUAGUUGUCAAACUGCCAUCUUUCGUGCCAUCUGACCCCGAACUUUGGUUUUAUAUGGUGGAACGAAGCUUUGAGGCCUCCGGAGAAUCAACAAGAUUCGGCAAUGUAUUGGGCAAUUUGGAUCCUCGUUACGCAGCCAAAGUACGUGACAUCAUCAUAAACCCACCGGAGACUGAAACAUAUGCCACCAUCAAGGCAGCACUCUUUCGUCGGCUGGGCAUCUCCCAAGAAACACGGAUGAAACAACUCCUCGAGCCAGGAGAUUUGAGAGACAGGAAACCCACGCAAUUUUUGUGCCAUCUACGGGGUCUGGCCGGAACCACAAUGUCGGGCAAUUUACUGCGAACCAUUUGGUCAAGUCGUCUUCCUCUUAGUAUUCAAGCCAUCAUCGCUACUAUGCGUGAUAAGAAUCUGGAUGAAACAGCAGAGGUAGCUGAUUACAUCAUGUAA